GUACGAAAGUGUGACGAUACUGUACGUACAUGAUUGUGUCCAGUGUAGCACAUAGUACAUACGCAACUUCCCGUCUUUGAGUAGUUUCAUUUUGAUCGUCAUGAAAUAGCACUUUUUCUGCAUUCUUUGCCCUCAUAUAGACAAUUCAAGCUUCGCUGGAACUUUCACAAGUUCGGUAUAUAUAAGAUUAUCUGGUUGAAAUCGGUGAAACUCAAGGUAUUUCAGUCGCAUUCGGUGAGGAAAUUUGAGAAGAGACAAAGCACGGAGAACAACAUGACCGCCGUGUCCGGGUGUUCUGGUCGCGGGCAAAUGACGGCCAUGCAACGGCCCGCUGGCGGGUCCGCACGACGCCCAAUCACCUACGCCCGUGACAUUCCGCUAACAAUUAGGAACGACAUAUGUCGGAUGCUGGACGUUUCACACGCUUGGAUAAAUCUAGCUGGUCGCCUUGGCUUCAGCAAUGAUGAAGUACAGAGCUUCAAGCAGGCCUUGUACCGCAUGGCCGGCAGCCCGACAGACGAGAUGCUGACGGUAUGGGAUUACGGGUGCCACACCAUCACCGAACUCUAUCGCAAACUGUUUGAAAUGAAGCAUGCUAGGUGCAUGAUGCUUCUCAAGGACUUUGUUGAUCCUAGCCUACAUCACUUGAUCAAGGAAGUACAAGGAGUGCAGCCGACCGACAACGAUAACGACUCGGCAUCCAAUGUGCACCAAGGGCACUCCCAGAUACCUCCAGUUGUCUAUGUCCCUGGUGCAGGAGGCCAACCUCCGUAUACAGCAGACGGGCCGAAAUCAUCACAGGAUUCCACGGCCACUGGGGGCCACCAACCACAUCACCGCAAGCCUGGCCAACCCCAGGCCACUCAGGGAUCCUGGAACGGUGGACCUGAUGAGCAUCAAGCUGGGUCCUUGGCCGUCAAGAAUCAAGGAAGGAGAAGCGAGGGUCUGACUGCCAACAUGAACAAGGACUCCUCGGAGAAGGUCAUCGGGCUGGGCUCACCGUUCCAAGGCUGGGAGGGGGGCUCCAGCAGUGCCAACAACAAGAGCGGGAACCGAGGGGAGCUGAUCAGCGGUGGCAGCGAUGGGAUUGGCAGCAGCCAGGUGAUGGGAGAGAAGGAGAGACUGGAAAACUAUCAGGACCAGUCUGCGUUGAGUUUGACAAUCCAUAUCCCUUAUGAUGAUAUCGUCAAGGCAACCAACAACUUUAACGGCACCUACAGGCUGGGGGAGGGUGCGUUCGGCACAGUGUACCAUGCUGUUAUUAAUCUGACGAACUACGCCGUGAAACGAAUGAAACAGAAUGAGCACAUGGGGUUUGAGACUAACAAGAUCGCUCGGGCCGACCAGAUGAAGGAACUGCGGGCACUCGUCACUUACCGCAACCCUUACAUCGUGGCCUUGUGUGCCUUCUGUUUUGAUGGCCCCUCCCCAUGUCUGGUCUAUGAAUUCAUGGAGAACGGAUCCCUCGAAGACAACCUGCUAUGCAAGGCACAGCGUGGUCCCUUAGACUGGCGAACAAGGCACAGGAUUGCUGAAGGUGCUGCAUUGGGAAUCAACUUCCUUCACAAGGCCCAGGAAAAACCACUGAUCCAUGGUGACAUCAAGAGUGCCAACAUACUUCUAGGAAAACACAUGGAGCCGAAGAUAGCAGACUUUGGCUUGGCCAGGUUUGGCCCAGAGGACGGCAAGACCUACUGCUACCUGAAGACCAAGAACGCCCACGGAACCUUGCCGUAUCUCCCUGAGGAGUUCAAGCGAAGCUUCAAGCUCUCGACCAAGGUGGACGUCUUCAGCUUUGGCGUGGUUCUGAUGGAAAUCCUUGCCGGGGAACGAGUAUCAGACAGCAGACGUGAACCCAACAAACUAUUGACCGACAUUGUAGAAGAGGCCAUGGAACUGGAGAAGCAGCAAAAAGGUGUGAUAGAGAGGAUCCGAGACCGACGCUGUCCAGACUGGCCCUGGGACAUCGCCUGGUACCUGCUGGAUCUAGCCCUCAAAUGCACCAGGUCAAAGUUCACACAGCGGCCAGAAAUAGUUGAGGCUGUCAACACUUUGAGAGACAUCGCUGCUGAAAUUGCUAGACGUGAUGAAAUGCAGAAACGCAGAGAAGAAUAUCCUGUGCAGGAUACCAAGCGCCGAAGCCCCGAAGGUUUCCAGGAUCAGUACUACACACCCCAACCCCAGAGGUACAGCCCGCCCUCACAUGAGGCAUCGGUGAGAUACGCAUCGCAAACCGGGCCAGGCGGGGUACCAGUCAGACGGGACUUGAGCAUAGAGUCCAACACUGCGGUGACACGGCCGGGGCCGGUUCCCGAUCCAAGGUACGAGGCGAGCUAUCAGCGGCACCCAAUGCAGCAAACAGGGAUGGGAUAUAAUCAAGGUCGCUACCCAGCACCUCAGGGGUACGGAGAUCCGAGGCUCAGCUAUCAGCAGCCGGGUAUCAGGAGGCACACAUCAUCGGAGACGUCAGAUGACAACAACCUCUUCAGCGAAGACAAGCUUGAUUUCUCAUCUAUGUCAUCCUCACUGACAUCUUACGACAUGUCCAGGGUGGGGGAUCCAUCAAUGUGCCAACCACUUCUGUAUCAGAGUCAGUCAUCUGUGCCCUCCUCGGUCAGCUAUCAGCACCAGCAGUCAAAUCCUUACAGUCCUCCUGUCUACGACGUGAGGCACCCGGACCCAAGGCAGCUUUACCCAAGCCAUCAGAAUCCGGCCGGUUACCAUACCCAGACCUCCCAGGGCUACCCAGUGUCACAGCAAGGUGGGUCCCAAUACCAAAACCCCCUGUGCUCCUCUAUGGUUGGUAACGUCAGCCCCUACCAGGAUUCCAGGUACCAGACUACCGAAUCCAGUUACUACGCGACUCAGAAUCCUGCCGUCCACUCAACAUCAGAGAGCCAGCGACGCCAGGAGAGUCUGACCCUCCAGGAUCACAUGAGGCAGCUUGACAUCUCACAGCUGCCUACCAAGCCACUGGGAGGUCCGACACAGCAAGAUGCCCCUCCAAAACUCCCAACAGACCGUCCAUCCCAGCAGCCUGCCUUGGUCUCAGCGGGGAUCCCCAGGAGAGAACCAGAGCAGAACACAGACAUCAUCCCUGGAUACAAGCCUGGAAUGAAGGAGAAGUCGUUCAAACCUCCCCUGGUGGCAACGAUUAGCGAGGAGAGUGAUGAAGAAGCCACCCCACUGCGUACCUCCCUCACCACCGCCGAGAUGCAGCAGUAUCUGGCAGGCAAGCCUCGCGAACCAAGCCAGCAGACGGAGAAAAUGUCAGAAAGUCCAGCCAAAGUGGCUUCAGCUGCCCCAAAGGAAAACACUACCGCAGCAACAGGAGAGGAAGCAUCUCCACUUAAAUCGUCCCUGACCACAGUCCAGAUGAGGCAAUACCUACCCAGCAAGCGAGAACCUACCGAGGAAACAGAAGGAGAAUCGGCCACCAACAGAUUGGAGGAAGCCUUAGUGUCUGCCUCGCAUCAUCGAGACAGGAGCUCACCCAGGCCAGCAUCUGCCACCGAAACACCAGACACAGGCCCCCUUGGGACCAGCGAUGACUGUAUGUAUGAAAAAUCCGAUCUGCAGUCUUCCCUCACCACUCAACAGAUGCGACAGUUUUUACCAGGUCGGCGGGAACCCAGCCAAGAGACAGAAACGGGACCGUCAGUCAACGACAGAACAACCGUUCCUCCAAGUCAGAGAUCUGUUGAAGAAUCGGAGGUUUGCUACUCAGCUCCACCCAACAUGGCGGCACCCUUAGCCCAGAGAGCUGACUUCGCUACAAGAAGGGAGCCACAACAAUUGACAGAGCCACUGAAUGGUAGCCACUAAAAGGGUACGGUGCAUGCCAGAAAUAUGUCACCAACUUCAAAUACCACGUGCCAAUUUCAAUAGCAUAGCUUCAUACGGCCGUGAAGGGCAAAACCUAAUAUGGCCUUAAAAUCAACCCGACAAAAAAAUUCCAUCUUAUGAAUAGCAUAGCUUGUGCUAGCAAAACAGCUGCACACUUGCACACACGUGGAGAUUUCUGUUGUGUCUGUUUUUUAUAGGCUGCUCUGAAGUUUUUGAGCUCUUUGCUGGCUUGUUGCCCAUGGUGCCCUUGAAAUGGAUAGUGGUCUUCCAAGCAGAAAAUGGUGUCCGUAGUAGCGCAAUGACAUCGUGCUCAGAUCAUUUUGAUAAGUGUACAACAUAUUCAACUCUCAACUCUGUAUUAUAAACUAAAAGUUUGGUGCUCAAUACAAUAAAUGUAAAAAGUAGGACUGUCUUUAACCUAUACAUCUUUUCACACAUUUUGCACAAGAAAACAUUUAGUUUUUAUUUUAAUUUCAGGGAUUUAGCAGUAUUAAUGAAAGUUUUCUUUGUGUGACUUUUUUUUUGUUAAGUAAAAGUUUGCAUGAAUUAAAGAUAUCGCCUUAUGUCAUCUUACAAUUGGUUGGUCUAUACUGUGAACAUAUAUAUGCAUUUCAGUGGUUAGAUUGUUCUAAAUAGGAACAGCUUGUAAACACUGAAAAUUGUCACUUGUUUGAUUUCAUGAAUCUUUGAAAGUUGACUAGUUUCUUUUAAACCUGAUAACGUGUCAUAGAACGACGGCAACUUUGCAAAUGAAGUUAUAUUUGUGGAGGGACACAGUUUAUACACAUUGUAUAUAAAGUGAUUAUUAACAGAAUUUUGGGUAACAAAUUUCAUUUUUUGGGGUCAAUCUAAGAAUGUUCAAGAUAGAUGCUUAGCUGCUUUGUAAAAAUAUUUAGUCAAGACCUUGUAUAGUGCAAAAUUCCUUAAGUGCAUUUGUAAAAAGAAAAAUAAUUUGUAAUUUAAUAUCACUAUAUUAAAACUUUCAAUAAAUAAAUUCGAAAUUUAUACUA